AUGUGGUAUGAAAUGAAUUUGACUCCUACACGUACGGCCAGAAUAUUUCCAAGACAUUUGUCGUUAGUUGUGGCUGGUAAAAGCAAACCAUCAUUUAUGGUAAGAUCUCUGAAGAAAAUGGAGCCCUCAACAAUUACGACCUAUAAAUAUUCAAAACAUUAUGAAAAAGUUUUCAAUUUCACGCGCGUUAUUUCGGAAAUUUGUGGAGCUGAUGUGGUAAGAGAAGACUAUAAAAUGACUUGGGUGACAUGGAGUUUAAUUGGUUUGGUAAAUGGUGCCAUUGCAUUUACCUUUUACACCAUGUAUGUGGGUGUUGCUAUUAAUAAUGAUUGGUCCGAAAUUCUAAAAUGUCUGUGCAUGUUUUGUACGGGCUUACAAGCCUAUGCUAAACUCAUCAAUGGGCUUAAAUGCAAGGAUAAAUUUUGUUUUUUGCAUAACGAAAUUAAUGGAAUUUACAGCACCUAUGAGCUGAAAACUAAGAAUUAUCACAAACUAUUGAAGCAAAGUAUAUCAUUGGUUAAGAAACUUAUUUCAAUUUUAUUAGGUAUUGUCAUCUUGGUAUCAAUAGCCAUCGUUGGCACUCCCAUUUUCUAUAUGCUCUUCUUUAAGGAGCGUAUCUUUAUUAUGCCCUUUCUUUUUCCCUACAUCGAUUAUACAACCGAUUUUGGUUACUAUUUCACUUCGGCCGUUCAUGUUGUGUGUGUGUUUUUUGGUGCCUUUGGGAAUUUUGUCAGUGAUUCAUGGUGCUUUGUAUUUGCUGCUCAUAUACCCCUUAUAAAGGAUAUACUUCAAGCAAAAUUCAAGGAAUUAGACACCAUUUUAGAAGAGGAAGCUCCGGAUGCCGACAAAGUUAUGGACUUGCUAAUGGAUAUUUUCAAGUGGCAUCAAAAGUAUAUAGUAUUUUGCAACACGGUAAAGAAUCUGUUUUUCUGGGUUAUAUUUGUACAAGUUUCCAUGGAAUUCGUAAGUAUUGUCUGUACGAUUGUUUGCAUAUUUUUGGGCAUUUGGCCAGCCGCCCCCGUCUUUUUGGUUUACUCAUUCGUUUUAUUUUAUUUCCAUUGUGCUUUGGGAAAUUUGGUGGAAACUUCGAAUGAUGAUGUCAUUUCAAUGAUCUACGAUUGCUGCUGGUAUAAUCUCUCGGUGUCGCAACAAAAAAUGCUUCUAAUCAUGUUGAGAGAAUCCCAGCAAGCUGAGGGCAUGUCUAUUGGUGGUGUUGCCCCAUUGUCGAUGAGUACUGCCUUGCAAUUGACCAAAACAAUUUAUACAUUCUCUAUGAUGUUUAGAGAAUUCUUGAAUUAG